AUGGAACGCUCGCAGCCGGCGUCCUCCAACUUGAUGGAGACGCACAACCGCCUCAUUGCCGCCAUCCUCACGCACUACCGCACGCUCAUGAUGCUCGCGACCGUGCAGGCCGAAAACGACGACGAGAAUCCGACCCCCGAAGCCAUUGCCGUCGCCGGCAUCUCCAUGAAGCAGGAAUUCGACGGCCUGUACUCGUCGGUCAAGGAGCUCAUCACCCUCUCGCGCAAGAUCAAGGAGCUGUGGGUGUUUGGCGCCCUCGGCCAGCAGGACCCCUCGCGCGCCGCCCGCGAGGUCCGGACCGAGCGCGACGUCGCCGCCGUCGCCGAGCUGCUCAACGGCAUCGAGGCGGCCAGGAUGCGCGCCCUGGCCGAGGGCCACGGCGGCGCGUGGGAGCCGCUGCGCAAGGAGGACGUGCAGGCGCUGCAGGCGCUGGCGGGUAAGCAAUAA